AUGUUAUUGAUGAUAGUAAAAGUUGAAGGCAAUCUAGAUUCACCGAGAUAUGGACAUGGAGCUGUAUUAAUAAACAAAAAAUUAUAUAUUUAUGGUGGAUGUAAUGUUGCUAGCACUACUGAACCAUAUGCAACUGAUAAUGAAAAUCUAGAUAUUAUUAAUGAACUUAUUACACUUGAUGUAUCAACGUCAUUUAAAACUGAUAAUCCAACAUGGGAAGCUAAUAGUAAUGUUGAUAAUCCAAAAUUAUUUAAUCAUGGAAUAACUUCAGAUGGUAAUGAUUUAAUGAUACUUUUUGGGGGUAUUACUGAUAAUGCAGAUGGUUCGAUAUUAUGGUAUUGUCAUACCAAUGGUACCUUAAAACUUCAACCAUCUAAUGUAAAUAAUGAAAAAAUUUCGAGCAGAGUUUUAUUUGGCGGUAUGGCUUCAGAUAAUAAUAAUUCAUAUAUAAUUGGUGGAGUUGAUCCCCUGACAUUAUCAUCAGUACUACCACCACAAAGAAUAAUUUCUAUAGGUAUAAGUAGUAUUGAAUCUGAUAUUGCUAUUUCUAGUUAUAUUAGUGCAAAUGUAACUAGUUAUGAUCAUACGGCAACACUUUUAAAUGGAAAGAUUUAUGUAAUUGGUGGAGUACAUUAUUAUGAUUUAGAAUCAGGAUCUUAUGUAGAUAUGUCAUUAAUUGGUGUUUAUGAUACUUUUAAUGGUACAUGGAGUACGUUGCCAGCAACUGGUGAUAUACCUGAACGACAUGAAAAUGCGAUAAUAAUUUAUGGUGGUUUUGGUUUUGCCGAUACCGAUGCUAAUGUAACUGUAGAUACAGUUGGUUUAUUCAAAUUGGACGUUUCAUCAUCACCGUUAACAUGGGAGAAACUUAGUAUUACGGGUCCAGAUCCUGGAGUACGACAUGGUCAUACAUUUACUUUAGUGGGAGAUUAUAUUAUUGGUACUUAUGUUGCUAGCACUAUCGAUCCAUUUGGAUUUAAUGAUAAUCUUAAUCUAAAUAUUACCAAUGAAUUUAUUAUACUUGAUGUAUCAGGGUCAUUUAAGACUGAUAAUCCAUUAUGGGUAGUUAAUAAUAAUUCUGCUAAUCCAAAUUUAUUUAAUCAUGGAGUAACUUCAGGUGGCGAUGAUUUAAUGAUAAUUUUUGGGGGUACUUCCGAUGCAAUCAGUAAUCCAAAUAAUUCAAUAUUAUGGUAUUGUCAUACAGAUGAAUCAUCUAAAAUGUUUCAGUCAUCCACAACUAUUUCAAGUAGAAUUUUACUUGGUUUGACUUCAGAUAAUAAUAAUACAUAUAUAAUUGGUGGAACUACUCUAACACAAGGAGCAAUACAGGAUCGAGGAAUAGUUACUAUAAAUAUAAAUAGUAUUGAAUCUGGUAUUGCUAUUUCUAAUUAUAUUAUCGCAAAUGUGACUAGUUAUGAUCAUACCGCAACACUUUUGGAUGGAAAGAUUUACGUUAUUGGUGGAAUACAUUAUUAUGAUGUAGGAUCUUAUGUAAAUAUGUCAUCAAUUGGUGUUUAUAAUACCAAAGAUGGUACAUGGACAACUGGUACUAUACCUGAUCGACGUAGAGCACAUCGAGCCGUUGCAGAUACGAAUAAUUUAUUCAGACUGAACGUUUUAUCAUUAACAUGGGAAAAACUUAAUAUUAUGGGUCCAGAUCCUGGAUCACGAUAUGGUCAUACAUUUACUUUAGUGGGAAAUUAUAUUAUUGGAACUUAUGGUCUAUCAAGAUCAAACACGUCAUUAAGUAAUAUCUUCAUUCUUGACCUAAACACUUUAUCAUGGACAAAUGUAUUUUCCUCCAAUACACCUCCUGAAGGAUCAUCUACCAAAUAUCUAGUAAUAGCUUGGUCACUUCUUGGUGGAUUUUUAAUAUCAGCGUUAGUUUUUCUUUAUUGGUGGAUAGGGAAAAGAUGGAGAAGAAACCGAAGAGACAACCGAGGGACAACUGAGGAGAAAGAUGAGGAUAAAGAUAAUGCAUAA